AUGAUGAUGCUGGUGCUAGGCUUAUUUGUGUCCAAGAUGUUCUGGGUGUUGGUCGUGUGUGUGCUAGGCGGAGCUGCGGGGUCCAUGGGCCCCCAGUGGUGGGACAGCGCAGUGUACUACAGAAUGUUGGUGGAUAGCUUCAGAGACAGCGACGGUGACGGUUUGGGGGAUCUAAAAGGAGCAGUGAAACAAAUUAGCUACGUGCGAGCCUUAGGAGCUGAUGCAGUGAUUCUAUCUGCAAUCUCAGCCAGGAGUAUAGACUGCAACAAACCAGGCAUCAUCGACUUUAGCGACAUAGACCCAAGAUAUGGAACUCCUGAAGAUUUCACCAAUCUAGUCGAGAAGAUUAAAAAGCUAGAACUGAAACUCGUGAUAACGUUGCCACUUCAAACAGUCAGCAUGGCUUCUGAUUGGUUCACGUCGAGCGCUGAUCGAGUGGCUGGGUUCGAGCACAGAAUCAUGUGGAAGGAUGGAACUAUCGACUCCCCACCUCCAGUCGAAAAUGGUGUAAAGUCUUGGACUUGGCACGCAACUCGCUACGCAUACUUCGGCACUUGCAACAACGAAGCUGUCCUGAACUUGUGCUGUGAAAGUGUUGCAGCAGCCUUUUCUGCAGCCCAGUGCACCUGGCUUAAGAGGGGAGUGUCAGGCAUACUCCUCAACCCUGAUUUUCCCAGAGAUACAGCUUGUGGGGAACAGCUUCUGAAGAAAUUGGUGGCAGAUGCCAUGAGUUGCACUCGUGGUAGCGGCUUGGAGACGCCGGUUAUCCUCGUGGAGACAUCUCUGAGACCAGAACAAGCCGCCAUGUACUAUGGAGACGGAGGAGUGGGAGCCAACAGCAUCAUCAGCAAAGCCCUGACUACUCCUACAAGAUCAACUUCUGAGAUGGUGCUUGGCAUCCAGGCGUCUUUGCUCACUGCGCCUUUAGAUGUCCAGCCUACAUGGGCCACAAGUAACUCCAAUGAAAGUCGCACAGCUUCCCGCUAUGGAAGUGAUAUGGUCGAUGCCGUGAACCUUCUAGCCUUGAACUUGCCAGGCUCUGCCAUCAUCCAGCAAGGAGACGAGCUGGCGGCAGCAGACACUAUUCUAGAAUGGGUGACUGGCAGUACUUGCUGGCCCAUCCAAGCAGCACCAUGGGCAGCCCCCUUUCCAUGGGAUGAUAGUCAUUCAGCAGGUUUUACUAAAGGAGGUGAAUCCUGGUUACCGUUAGCCCCCAACUUUAGAUAUGCUAACGCGAAGACCGAGUUCUCAAAUGAUUACAGUCAUGUUGGCGUGAUGAGGAUCGCUGCUGCGCUCAGAAAGUCACCAGCUUUUGGGCCUCACGUAGAGAUAAAACGACAAAAUGGAGCCAUUGUGAUCUUAAGGUGGGGUGCCAGUGGGUCCCUGCUACUUAUCUCGAACCUGGCGACCGAGCCGACUCAGGUGGAACCUUCCAGGAUCCCUGGUAUACCGCCAGAGAUGACGAUAGCCUGCAGUUCAGCAGGGUCAAGCUUCUCCGUCGCAUCUCAUUGGAUGAUGGAGAAAACUAUGAGACUAGGUCCUGGACAGACGAUACUUCUGGCUGGAGCCCCAAGACACUGUGGGGGUCCGGGGCCCGUGGAAAAGAUCACGACUAAACUACAGGAAGGGUGGCAGAAAGUCAACAAGUACUUUAGUACCUAA